AUGUCACCUCUAUCUGCCUGGACACCUGGGCCCGGUCCCAUCUACACCACCAUCACCACCGCUUGGGAAGCUCUUGGUGUGCCCAAAGUCCCCAUUCAAUACAAGACAUGGGUACCGGGAUCCUCUCCUCUCUCAACUCAAAAAGAGGUAGUAGCUGCUAUCGGUACCUACCUUCUCGUCAUAUUCGGCGGAAGGGAGCUCAUGAAACAUAGACAACCUUUCAAACUCACCGGUCCAUUUAGAUUCCACAAUGUAUACCUUACACUCGGUUCCGGUCUUCUUCUCGCGUUGAUGCUUGAAGAACUCGUUCCCAUGAUCCUCAAACAUGGCUUCUUCUGGACCAUCUGCAACAGUUCAGCUUUCACUCCUCGACUCGUGACCUACUACAUGAUCAACUACUACAUCAAAUACGUUGAGCUCAUCGACACCGUCUUCCUCGUUCUCAAAAAGAAACCUUUGGCUUUCCUCCACGUCUUCCAUCACGCCGCAACCGCCAUUCUCUGUUAUACUCAACUUGAAGGUGAAACCUCAGUCCAAUGGGUUGUCAUUACUCUCAACCUGCUCGUUCACGUCAUCAUGUACUACUACUACUACGCUACCGCUGGUGGUGCCAAGAUCUGGUGGAAGAAAUACCUCACUUCGAUGCAAAUCACUCAAUUCAUCAUCGACCUCUUCAUCGUCUACUUUGCCAGCACGUUUUUAUUCUCCUACCGUUUCGGGCACAACCAAUAUCCCAACUUUAUAUUCCCAAUCUCACCUUCUACUUACAACCACUUCGCUACUAAAUACACCCCUUUCCCUACCGUUGGAGAUUGUGCAGGAAGUGAAGGUGCCGCUCUUUUCGGCUGUGGUCUUUUGACUUCUUACCUCUUCCUCUUCAUUGCCUUCUACCGAGCCACUUACAAGAAAGGCGGGAAGGGAAAAGGAAAGGUCAACGGUACCGCCGACGUUCGAGGAUCUUCCAAAUCCAAAGUCAUCCUUCAAAACAAACGAGGGACAGUCGUCGUGACUGAGGUGGAAUGA